AUGGACCGAGUGUUUGGUCCCUGGCGGGUCAGGCCCACCACCAAGCAGUUGGGGCUCUGGCGGCGUUUCUGGGGUUCACAGGUGCUUUUGCAUCUUCCCAGCAGCGGUUUUUCCCCAUAUGGCGCCCCGUCCUUCUGUGAGGCCCCCGGCCAGGCUCAGGCGGACUCCUGCCUCCCACGGAACGUGCUGAGCGAGAGGGAACGCAGGAAGCGAAUCUCCCUGAGCUGCGACCGCCUGCGGGUCCUGCUGCCCCGCUUCGAGGGCCGGCGGGAGGACAUGGCGUCGGUGCUGGAGAUGGCGGUGCAGUUCCUGCGGCUCGCAGGCUCCCUGGCGCCCGGCCGCGAGCAGCACACGGUCCUGGGUCCCUCCAAGGAGACGUGGCACAGGUGGCAGAAAGACAUUUUGCAGCUGGUCCUGGCCAGUCAGACAGCCGCUGGUGCAUCAGACCCGGACAUGGGGGCAUCUGGCAUUUCUAUGCAGCAGGCGUCCCUGAGCUGUGCCCCAGUGAGCAUGGACCAGAGUGUGGCCCCACUGGGAGUGGCUGAGGUGCUGGAUAGACCACUCCCGCACCGUGAGCCUUCCUGCCUGUUGCCCCUGAGUCCCUCCAAGGCCCCGAGGCCAGCCCCUACUUGGGGUCCGCUGGUGAGCGAAGAGAUGCACAGCUGCCCAGGCCAGGCCGGGCAUGGGGCUGACUUGGCCUUGUCGAUGCCGGAUUCCAGGUCCCUGUCGGCAUGUGACAUGGAGGAUGGGGCGUCCUUUCUGCUGACAGCCAGUCCUGACUGGUGGCUGGGAUCCUUGGAGCCCAGAGCUAGUGGCGUCUCUUCAUGGGCCCCUGCCAGGAGCAGUCCUCUGGACAAGGCAGAGUCAAGCUUCCUAGGGGAUCCAGAACCAGGCCCCCAGGACAGUCCCUUGGAGCCAUGGGGUGUGGAUGUGGGCUACCCUGGCUUGACCCUGAAGGACGAAGCAGACAGCAUCUUCCCUGACUUCUUGGCCUACUAGUGUUGGUCCAGGCAGUAGUGCUGGUACCCCCACAAGUAAGCCUGGUAUUUCAGGUCUGAGCUGAGCUGUAGCUGAUUUGGGCAAGUUUGGCAGGGCUUUGGGAGUGAGUGGAGGCUGAACAUUAAAGAGCAGAGCAAUUUUCCUGGA